CCGUGCUCAACACGAAAACCCAAAUCAAGGCGACAAGUCUGCAUCCCAGGCUUGGUUGGUUUAUAGAUUUACGAGUCGCCGGUGAACUAUCUCGGAAAAGAUGGCAUCAUCGGAUACCGGCGGUGUGAAGCCGAUGUCCAUCACGGGCCGUAUGGUCCGUGAGCGGGAGCGGCUGCUGGGCAUGAGCGCUGAGGAACGUGCCUGGAGAGCGCAGUGGCUGAAGGAUCAACAUCUUUCCCAUAACGAACCGAAAUAUGUGCCGGAAUAUUGGAAGGAGCGAUACAAUCCCAUCCGACGUGCCUACCGUGCCCCGUUGAACUUGGUCCAGAAGGCGCUCACACCAGUUAUCGGUCUCGAGUGGGCACACGCAAUCCGAUUCUGGACGGGAAAGGUAGCUAUGACUGGAUUCGCUAUCCUGGCGACGGCGUACUACUUCAAAUAUAAUCAAAACGACUGGACCCGCAAGGGAGGCUGGCGUGUUAUCCACUCGCGCGAGGCAGUUGUUCCGGGAGAUCCAGGUUAUCCGAACUUCCCGAAACGCGAAUCGCCAUCCGAAUAUGCCGCCCGCGGAUUCAAACAGUCGCCCAUUUAAUUGUUUACGAAUCAAUAUAUCUGUUGUGAUUGGUUCGUAUGUAGAUAAUAAACAAUGAAAUCGGAUAACUUCUGGUAGCGUA